AUGAUGACAUGGAAAUGUGCGUGCAUCCAGUUGGUUAGCUUGGUUCUAGCUUCGGGCGUGGGUGCUGGUUUUGGUGUGGGUUUUGAGUUCAAAAGAGUCCUCAAUGAUUUAUUUCUACUGCUUUUAGCACUAGGCGAGGAUCCUGUAAGUUUGGAUGAAGAACAAUCCAAGGAUAAUGCUUUCUUUAACAGGGCAAAUAUUGCUACCGGAGUUUUGUUGCAUGGCUGUGAUUUCAGUGCUUUCCUCCAUAAAUAG